UCGUGCAUGGUUUUCAGUUUCCACUGUGUAACUAAAAUAAUGACAAAAGAGUCAAGUGGGCGCGUCGCCCAACCGCCGCCGUCGUCCUCCGCGGUCAGGUGCUCCGCACUCCGCCAUGGGGUCUGGGGCCGCGGCCACCACGGUUUCAAGCAAGUAGCAAUUGUGCCGUGGCGAACAAAAAGUAAGCAGCUCUCCCCACUGCCGCUGGCGAUGCUUGCCGGCCGCUAUGCCGCCGCCGCCGCCGCCGCCCUCGCGCUGCUGCUGCUGCUGCGACCGGCGACCGCCGCGGCCCCAAAUUGCGACGCCUCCACCACCUACACGGCCAACAGCACGUUCCAGGCGAACCUGGACCGCCUCGCCGCGGUGCUCCCGGUCAACGCCUCCGCCUCGCCGGCGGGCUUCGCCACCGUCACCGUCGGCGUGACGCCCGAGCAGGCCAACGGCCUGGCGCUCUGCCGCGGCGACACGAACGCGUCCACCUGCGCCGCCUGCGUCACGGCGGCGUUCCAGGAAGCGAAGCAGACCUGCCCCUUCGACAAGGGCGCCAGCAUCCUCCGGGACGCCUGCAACCUCCAAUUUGCCGGCAGGCAGUUUCUCGAUUUUCUCCGACCGGACCAGUGGAUCGUCCAGGAGCUGGUUCCUGGUAUCGACACGGCCGUGGCGAGCGUCAACGCCUCGGAUGCCUGGUUCAGCGCCGCCGUCACGGGGAUCUUCACCGCCAUAAUCAACAGCGCGGUGGCGGCGACCAACUCGACGAGGAAGUACUUCACCACGGCGGAGAUGGCCUUCAACCCCAAGAUCUACGGGCUGGCGCAGUGCGCGCCGGACCUGACGCCGGACCAGUGCCGGGGUUGCCUUGGGUACAUCCAGUCGGAAAUCAUGGCGCGGCACAUGGACGGUCGGCCCCAGAGCAACGUAGGUGCAGUGGUGUGGUGCUUGCUGAGGUACAGCGUGUUGUCGCCGAUCUACGAGGGCCGGGCGAUGCUGCAGCUUGCCGCACCGCCGGAACCACCACCGGUGGCCACGCCUUCACCUGCUACUCCAGAAUCUGGAGCAGGGAGGAAAGGGAUUACAGCUGGAGUCUCGGUGGGCAUCGCCGGCUUUGUUGUGUUAAUGUUGAUUCUUUCAGUCUUUUUCUUCCUUCGCUUCAGGCGAAGGAUUAAGGCGACAAAGAAGGGUCAUCCACUGAAGAAAAUAGGGAACCCGCAAUGCACGGUCUUCGAUUUGAUGACGUUGCAAGAGGCGACUGAACACUUGUCGGAAAAGAAUAAGCUUGGAGAAGGUGGUUUCGGUACUGUAUACAAGGGGAUACUCUCUGAUGGUGAAGAGAUAGCAGUCAAGACACUUUUAGGAAGAACCGGGCAUGCAUUGCAUCAGCUACACAAUGAGAUCCAGGUACUGGCAAAGCUUCAGCACAAGAACCUUGUUAGAUUACUGGGGUAUUGCUUGCAUCAGAAUGAUACACUGCUCGUAUAUGAAUACAUCAAGAACGGGAGCCUCGACAGCAUUCUAUUCGAUAAGACUACGGGAAAUGCACUUCACUGGGAGCAACAGUACAACAUCAUUCUUGGAAUUGCCAAGGGGAUAUUGUAUCUCCAUGAGGACUCGAGCACGAGGAUCAUCCACCGAGACCUGAAGGCGAACAACAUUCUUCUCGACGACGACAUGGAACCGAAGAUCGCAGACUUUGGGCUGGCUAGGCUGCUAGGAGAAGGUCACACCCUUACUCAGACAGCCAGAGUGGUCGGGACAUUCGGCUACAUGGCACCGGAGUACGCGAUGCACGGGCUCGUGUCGCCCAAGGUUGACAUCUUCAGCUUUGGCGUGUUGGUCCUUGAGAUCGUGACGAGGAGAAGCAACUGCGGCUCCGACGAUUACAGCGCCGUGAACCUCCUGAGCGAUGUCUGGGCUCACUGGACGAAAGGGUCGAUAUCGCAGAUGCUGGACCAGUCGCUGGUUGGAUACGGUCGAAUUCAGGCGCUGCGAUGCAUCCACGUCGGUCUGCUGUGCGUCCAGGUGGACCCUGACGACAGGCCCGACAUAUCGGCCGUCGUGUUCAUGUUGACUAGGGAUGGCAUGGAGCUCCAGCCGCCGGAGCAGCCUGCGUUCUUCUUCGCGAGAGGAUCGCCUUCGGCUUCACGAUCGGAUGGGCAAAGCAGCUAUGUAUAUGACCGGUCUAGUUCAAUUUUGGAACAGGACAUUUCUGUGAAUGGGCUUACAGUAACAGAGCCGUACCCUAGAUAGGUCCUAAGUUUGUGAAUACUGAGCCCCUGAAAAAUGGAUUAACCAAUUUGGUAAAAUUUGUCAUAUUCCUCUGGUACAAAGUUAAUGUUUUACGUGGUAAAUGAUAAAGUGCAUCA